AGGGCGCUCACUGGCAACUUCCUAUGACGAGGGACGUUUAAACGCCCAGCUGCCGAUUUAACCUGUUGCUUUCCCCUCGCUGCCUCAUACACCACCUCCCGUCGCCCGUCAAGGAACCUCAACCUCACCUCCGGAUGCGGCCGUCCAUGUGUUCUCCAGCCAUGACUCCCGCAGUAGUGGUAGCGGCUGCCCUACUCCUCCUGCUGGCAACACCCCAGCCCUCCCUCGCCAAGCGUUUCGACUGCCAGAUGUUCUGUCGCACCACGGGUUUCAACGGCAUGGUGGGUGGCUGCCGAUGCUCCUUCACCCUCUUCACCGCCAAGCGCGCCGUCAGAGACCACAACAGUGCGCCAGAAGAAGAACCUACGCUCGAAGACGCAAGACUUGGACACUACUUCACCCUUCCUGAUUAUCUGCGAAUGGCUCGAGAGACCCACGGAAACCUCUCAAUGGAUGAUACCAUUCUUGAACCUGCCAAUACUGACCAUGCGAGUGUCGACAUCCAGGCCAUGCCCAGGAACCAUCCAGCGCGCCUAUUGGUCAAGGCCAAUGGUAAUUCAGCCACUCGGGGACCCUCCAUCAGGCUUGGUCGAUCUACAUCCCAGAUACUGUUAAAACGCAAGGAGUUUGAGCAAGACUUAGAUAAUGGUGACACUACCGACUAUCUGAGGUUGCCCUACUAGAUGUAUGGAAUAUUAAGAUUCGUAUCUAAGUUGUUUUCAUUACUAUAAAGACCCAUCCAUUACAUUUAAAUCAUUUUAAUACAUGAUUUACAGAUCCUGGCACUACAGGGGCCUAAAUUCUGGUGUGUAAUCACUUAAAAUAUUACUGUCCUUGCCAGGGUCAGGUGUCAGGUGCCGCCCUGUUUACUCUACUAUAAUAGAAAUCAAUUCAUAUAAUCUUGGUUUAUAAAAUAUUUGUAAGGGAUACACUGCAGAUGUGUCAUAUAUUUAGACCAACAAAUGUGACAUACAUUAUUUGUACUCACGUAUAACCGUAAAUAAAAACAUCUAAAAAGUUACGUUAGAAAGUUUAGUUUACAAAACAGUUGCUGUCAUUAGUUUCCAUAUUUUCCUUGCAUGCUAUUACUGUUUAAAAUUGAAAAAUAUUCUUUGGACACCUACCAACCCAAGAUACUUUCAGUACACCUCCUCGCCAUGACAUCAAUCAUUUACUGUAAUAAAGACAAAUACGACAAUGAAAAUGCGAUUUUGCUUUGCCUUGAUCAACAUAUUUUAAAUAUAUUUAUAUCUCAAGGCGCGAGGAUGGCCAAGGAACAAGAAGGUUGAUUUUUACUUUAAAUAGCCUAACAACAGCAAAUUGCUUUAUAAGAGUUAACACAGACUUGUCAGUUUUAAUCUUUGGUAAUUAAUUGAAAGUUGUACACAAUGUACUUAGUUUUAACUGUGAAAUUUUAUUAGCUCGCAAUGUAACAAUAAAUGCCUUGGUUAAUGUAAGUGUUUAUUACCACAAGUGUGACUUUUCUGGUUCGAAGUGGUUAUUAUCAAUAAAGCUAAUUAGGUGAAAGCUGGUGGCUAAUGUCAGCUUCACACAGGUGCGAGUGAAAUGACAAAGCUCAAGUGAUCGUUACCAACGUGCACAAAAUGUGUACGUCUAUACUGAUAUAUACAUACAUACAUACAUACAUACAUACAUACAUACAUAAUGUUUGAAAGCUAUCAACACAGCAAAAAAAAGUGAAUUCAAUACUGAGUUCAGAUAAUACAGAACAGAACGAAUGAUGGCUAAUAGUUCACAACAGAGGAGUAAAUGAUCUAUAUGAAUGUAUAGUUUCUCUUACAGUGAAAGCUGUGGUCUUUAAGAAUUUUUUUUAAUAAUCAAGUCACAGUAAUCCACAAUCCUUCCUGUGACUUGUAUAGGAAAACCUGGAGGACUGAGAGGAUCCUUAAGAUGUACCCGUCGUGAGGUUAAAUUAUAUGACAAUAAACUAAACUAGGAACAAUAUUCCACCAAGAACAACUGAAUAUGAUGUUAUUUACACCAAUUACAUUAACAAAUCUUUGGAAAUAACUCUCGCUUCUCCCAUAAAUAUAUUAUCUCUUCUUGGGCUGUAUCCCUGAGUAAGAAGUAAAGAACUUAUAAAAUGAUAACACUAUUUUAGAAUUAUGAUUUUAGUGGCAUAUCCAGGAUGUGGCUUCAAUAAACAACGUCCAGUAUCAAACAGAUUUAUGUAAUAAGAGAUGCGUCAAUAAUACACACAUUCUCGCUGGAUACUGUGUGACAUCAACAACAUGACGAAUGAAUCAUCAUCCUUGAGGCUCUUUUAUUGGUUACUUUGUCUCUUAUAUUUUGUUUAUUAUAUGUGUAAUAUGACUGAAUAUCUUAAUAACCUUGACACUUGUUAAGACGCAUCAAGCGAUAUUCACCACUUCGUUUAUUGCAUCGUGUUUUGGGCAUAUUUUGAAUCUGGUAUCUUGAGAGAAAAGAAAUUUAUUAGAUUUGUUUAAGUUUGGAGUCAUAGAGUUGAUUCUUUUGUCAUUGAGGUUACAACUAGUAGAAGUGCAAGAGGUGAGUCUUGUUGAUUGUCAAAGACUCUUCAUCUUGCCAGUCUAACAGUCGAAGGAAAGCACAAGAUUUCCUGAGAUCUGAAAAUCAGAGAAGAAAUAUCAGAGUCAAGUGACAAAAGUAUGUUUUACAAUUCGUGAAGUCGCUCGGCCAGCGAUGCAUAACCGCGGGACUCAUUGGUCUGUGAGUGAACGAUAUUAACACAAGUACUUUCUGAAAAAAAAUAUAUUGGCGGAUGAGACGAACGAUUGUAACUUUAAGUGAGAAGUAUUUGAUGAAAACAGCUUGACGUAUAUACAAUCCCAUUAUAUAUAUAUAUAUAUAUAUAUAUAUAUAUAUAUAUAUAUAUAUAUAUAUAUAUAUAUAUAUAUAUAUAUAUAUAUAUAUAUAUAUAUAUAUAUAUAUAUAUACUGUACGUGCUUCCUAUAUAUCAAUUACAUCAGUAUCUAUUAAUACUGGUACAUAUAUUAAUAACAUAUACAUAUAACGAAUAUGACGUAGAAAAUUGCUAAAAUUACAUUUUUCACAUUGCAUUAUUCGUCAGUAAGCAUAAACCAGAGUGAAGGUCUCUAAUUGUGACCACCUUGGAACGAGAGAGGAUCCAAAUAUCACUCGGUAUUUGUUUCACUGGAUGAAUGGUCACACACACACACACACACACACACACGUCAAGGUGAUGAGCUCAGGAUGUUGGCCUCAUCUCCGUGAAAGGAAACUCUCCAAAAAAUGAAGUGUUGGCUCUUUGAGCCUAAAAUACGAGUGGAAUGAAGACCAUUCCUUAUCAGGUGUACCGAGAGAUCGUGUUAUAUAUUGGUCAGUUUGUCACAUCUUGAGGCUAUAUUUGUGUACUAUUACGUAAUAUAGUUGUUAUUUACUUUCAGUUAAGGUUUAUAGUAAUAUAUUGAGGCUGGAUUAUAUUACUUAAUAUAUAGUUAAGUUAUAAGUUCUCAAAUGUUAUUAUGCUUUGUUUUAUCGUACGGAGGUUACAUCAGUGUAGCCUAGAAGGUCGGCAAUGGUUGUGUUGAACACUCAGAGUGACUGGUGGUGGCUUCUCUUCAUCAUUCCAAUAUUAUCCUUCCUCUUCUUCUUCACCCUUCCCAUCGCCUUCUUCUAACCUGUUUUCCCCCUUUUACAUUAUUCUCAUUAUUUUUGUUAUCGGUAAACAACUAUCAGAGGCAUUUCCAAAAGUAUAUUAUUUUUAAGUCAAUUCCUACUUUAUGAUGCCUCAAGUUUGGAUUGGAAUAAAUUCAGUGGUAGACGAGACUAGGCUAUCAUGUGACAUAAUUACAGUAUAUGCAUUUUUCAGUAUAAAUAGAUUUACACUAAAUCUUACUUGGUUAAGCACAGAGUUACUGAUAUAGCUAUAAUCUAUACAUAUGCAUUACGAUAUAUAAGUAAAUUUAUUUCCUUAUUGGUUUACCAUAUUUGGUGAUUUAGAAAUAGUAUUGCAUUUAUUUAAACAUUGGUGAAAAAACAAAUAAAAGUGAUUGGAACAUAA